UAGUCUUUGUGGACGGCGGUGUGUAAAAAUAGCAUCGUAACGUUUUCAAUGGAAGCCUCCUCCGUGUGGUAGCGAGGUGUCUAUGUUGUGUAUAGGGGUGACUUGGAGGUGUUUUUGUUUGGUACAUACUAAGGUUUUAGUGCAGAUUUGCUGAAUUUCUCUCUAUGUGAGAGAAAUCGUACCAGAGCUAAUUAUGCAUGGAGAGCAUAUCGCCACACAGUCGGUGGUUCGUUCGAUCGUGUGUCGGAAGCCCGGUCGCUCUGAAUGACAGCCAAGCGUCGGCAUGAGCGGCGGAAAAUAUUCUGAUCUUGGAUUAUAACAGGAUUUCUGACAGAACCCGUGACCUGCGAGGAGUGAGGUCGACUAGAGCAAGGGGACAAGACCAGCCCAAGGCGGUCACGUUGCAGACGGGCCCGACCCCCCUCUCAACCCCACCCCACGAUCAGUACGCGAUGUGGGGCCUGAAGUGGAGUGUGCUGUGAGAACAAGCAGUCUGCUUAGGUUUAGGGUCAUCGAGAGCAGUGGAAUGGUUUGUUACCAGGGAGAUAGAAUUGUGUCAUACUGGAGAUUAUAAUGCGAGCCGUAACGAGUUAUUGUUAACCGUGAUGUUAAAUUUGAACAAGUGAAUUACCCUUGGACUGGUGUUACACCAGCGUGUUGUGUUAUGCCUGAUCUACGUUGUGUCGUCUGCUAGCCAGGCGGUUUUCGACGAGUUAUGUCGUCUGCUCCCUGCAGUAUCAACAUGACCCAAAGUCUUCUGCAAGGAAAGCGGUUCUUUUGCCGUGAGUGGGCCUUCUCCAAGGUGAACCAUUGUGUUGAACAUAGACCCUCAUCUAAGACCUGUGGGGCGUUAAUUAUGGGGGGUCCUGGGUGUGGGAAAACCGCCCUAUGUUGCGAGCUGGUGUGGCCGACUGUGGUUCAAGGCAAACAGGCGACACUGAACAAACGCUUGCUUGCUUACCACUUUUGCCAAGCAAACGAUAUUGAGACCUUGUCUUUGGUCAAUUUUAUUCGCAAUCUUGUCGAUCAAUUGUCAAAAUCGGACUUACUUAUAGGCUACAGAGAAAAGAUCCAAGAACCGUCUAUACAAAGAUUAUUGGAGCCCUCGGAAUGUGAACGCGAUCCUGAUGAGGCUUUCAAACAGGCGGUUCUGCAUCCACUGUGCGCAAUUGACCCGCCGAAAAGCACGUUAUUCAUGAUUGUAGAUUCUAUAGACGAGUCGUAUUUGCAGACAAUCAAUGAUAGAGUCAACUGUAGCAGAACCCUAGCUGAAUUACUUGCAAAUCACCACCCUUUAUUCCCCGAAUGGUUACUCCUAGUGUGUUCCUCUCGUAAACAAAGCAAAUCAGUAACUCGAAUGUUCACAGGCUUCAGAAAAAUUAGCCUGGACGAUCUUAGAAAGUCUCACAUUGUUCGUGAUGUGCAACAGUACAUUCUGUGUCGACUGGACCAAGAGGAGGCCCUCCGGCAACAUUUGAGCAAGGAAACAGCUGAAAUGCUAAACCAGCUUCACAUUAAAAGUAAUGGCUGUUUCCUGUACUUAGAGAAAGUUUUGGACGGAGUGGCAGAGAACUUUAUAAUGUUACGUGAAAUUCGAGAGAUCCCUGGCACACUUAACGGGUUGUAUCUCUGGCUAAGCCAACGAUUGUUUGUUCGGAAGCAAUUUGCUAAAAUACAACCAAUUCUAAACGCCAUUUUGGCGUCCCGUCGGCCGAUGACACAGGAUGAAUUAUUCUCAUGUGCCCAGGCUUGCUCGGGAAGUUUAAGCAGAGAGGAGUUUGACAGACGAUUGCGGCUCAUGUCAAAGAUCCUCAUUGAUGGUAAAGAGGGGACAAAGAUACUUUUUCACCACAGCUUUGCUGAGUGGCUACUUGACGUAAAACACUGUACCCAGAAAUAUCUGUGCAAUGCUAGUGAAGGCCAUGGGAUGCUCGCUAUGCAUGCCACUCGCAACGCGCCCAAUCUCACACCGGCGGAAGUUCAGGACUUCGCUUUACAUCUGGUGAGGACGAACUUUCAGGCUCCCAUCCAACAUUACCACAUAGUACAGUGGUUGCUCUUAUCUGGGGCGAACGUCGAAGAUAGCUUGUCUGUAGGCCUCCCUAAAGAUCAGAAAGUUCUCAAACUUUUACUGGACGCUGGGGCGAAGAUGCCGUCUAAUGAGGUUCGCCCUAGUGGUAUUACUGAGCCGUCGGCGAAAGAUGAAUCCGAGUCGGUGAAAGACCUUCAAGAUAUCGAUAUUCCUCUUGACCAAGUGGACAGCAAUGGCCGGACGCUGCUUCACACCGCUGCCCAUCAGGGCAAUCUGCAGGUGGUUAAUUUACUCCUGACAAAAGGGGCUAACAUAGAAGCUAUUGAUAAGACAGGCCAGACUCCGCUUAAUUUGGCGGCCAGGCAGGGAUACGCCGAAGUUGUUGAGGUCCUGCUUAAGGCUAAAGCCGAGGUCGACCACGCCGACAACGACGGCUGGACGGCGUUGAGGUCGGCGGCCUGGGGUGGACACACCGCUGUGGUGGGUAUUCUACUGAAGGCUGGAGCGAAGGUUGAUCAUGCUGACAGUGAUCAGAGGACUGCCCUCAGGGCAGCUGCAUGGGGUGGACACGAGGACAUUGUUUUGAAAUUGCUCGAACACGGCGCGAAUGUAAACAAAGCUGACAACGAGGGCAGGACUGCUCUCAUUGCGGCAGCGUACAUGGGGCACGUGGAGAUCGUGCAACAUCUUUUGGAUUACCAGGCGGAUAUUAACCACGAGGACUGUGACGGUCGGACGGCGUUGUCAGUGGCAGCGUUGUGCAUUCCUGCAAGCGAAGGACAUGAGAAAGUUGUCAGUUCCCUGUUGGAAAGAGGGGCUGAGGUCGACCACCAGGACCAUGACGGCAUGACGCCGUUGGUCGUCGCCGCCUACGAGGGCCAUAGCGACGUUUGUGAGCUUCUGUUGGAGUGGGACGCCGACGUUGACCACAGCGACCACAACAACCGGACAGCAUUGUGGGCAGCAGCGUCUAUGGGUCAUGCUAAGGUGGUUGCUCAGCUGCUCUUCUGGGGUGCGGCUGUCGACCACAUCGACGCCGAAGGACGUACCGUAUUGUGUGUAGCGGCAGCACAGGGUAGUGUAGCCGUUGUCCAACAACUACUGGACAGAGGUCUGGAUGAAAUGCACCGGGACAACUCGGGAUGGACACCGCUACAUAUGGCUGCAUAUGAAGGACACACUGAGGUUUGUCAGAUCAUCAUUGAACAAGGUGCCAAGAUAAAUGAGAUUGACAAUGAUGGACGAACUCCACUCAUCCAUGCAGCUCAGGAAGGUCACGCUCCAGUUGUUGCCUGUCUCCUGGAACACCAUGCACACAUCGACCACCGAUCACACGACGGCAAGACAGCUCUCCGAGUUGCAGCCCUUGAAGGUCAUCGUGAUGUCCUGGAGAUUCUGGUGACGGAAGGUGGCAACAUCAACUACAAAGAUGCUGAUGGCAGAUCAACGCUGUAUGUCCUUGCCUUGGAGAAUCAGUUCAACAUGGCCCAGUACCUUCUAGAGGUCGGUGCAGAUGUUGAGAGCGUCGAUCUUGAAGGCAGAACAGCCCUCCAUGUUGCUGCAUGGCAGGGUCAUUUCGAGAUGGCCGAGCUGCUGAUAAUGCAUGAAGCUGAUGUGAAUGCAGUGGACAAUGAUCAGAGGACGUCCCUGCAGUCAGCGGCAUGGCAAGGUCAUGAGAAGGUGGUCCGUCUGCUACUGGAGAAGGGAGCACAUGUGGACCACACUUGCAACCAGGGAGCUACAGCUUUGUGUAUCGCGGCCCAGGAGGGUCAUGAGGAAGUUGUGCGAGUGUUGUUGAAGUAUCAUGCAAAUCCUAACCAUGCUGAUCAGUUUGGUCGGACUCCUAUUCGUGUGGCUAUGAAGAGUGGACAUACAUCUGUGUGUAAGAUUCUUGAAGACUUUGGUGCAAUGCCAGUGAAUGGUACGAAGAGCCGGAGCUCCUCUUCCACUUCCAGUAAUGAGACGCGACCACUCACGACAAAUCCUCCCAAAGGGGGUGCUAUUGCGGGGCACCCUCAUCCUAUCCACAGCUCACCAUCUGACUCACCAGAGUCAACAUUUGACCGGAGAAAAUCAUACCACUCCAACAACUCGUCGAAAUCCUCCAGCAACCUUACAUCUUCCACCAAUCAGAGCUCACAGAGCGGGAAUGUCACAAAGGCGGAUGGUGAGUGUUUGACCUUCACUCAACAGCUUCAACAGUGCUCUAUGGGCAAGAACCGUUCUCGCCCAAUCUCUCGAGUUCUUUCCCCUGUGAGUGAGCCUCAAUCCCCAGUGCAAUCCCCACCUACAUCUCCCGUUGGAGAAACCCCUAAAUUCCCGACUUCUGGAGGACCUGUCUCUCCAUCCCUGGAACAUAAUAUUAACAUUCUCAACCCCUCUCCUGUGAAAAGUGCAAGCUUGAAACAGGAGAAAAUCUCUGCCACUAUCAACAUCAUUACUAACCCUAAUGCUGAGAUCAUGAACAGUUGUGAUGAGCCAGUUUGGCAGCUCAAUCCAGCACACUUCCAGAACAUGAAACGGAACCUGCUCCAACAGCGGGGAAUUGUUCCAGACUCUCCAACCAAGAUGGUGAUGGGACAGAGUGCUCUACACAUGCGCUCACCAGAAAUGAGACGGAAACGGAACGGAAUUGUUACCAAUCCAAAUAUCACCAAAAGCCCAGCUGCAGUGACUGGUCAAGAGAUUCUGAAGAGCCCUGGAGUAAAUGGACAUGGUCAGUCGACCUACAACAAGCUGUCCAGUGAUACCAAGGAACCAGUGAGUCCUAUACAUGCCAAUGGCUUUUCAAGCAUCCCUUCAGGAUCCAGUAGGAAAGGUCCUCAACGGCCCAACGGACUGUCCCUCAAGAAAGAAACCCCACUGUAAGACGUCCAUGAUGGAACAGUGGCCCGGUUGCUAUGGAUACGGAACGUCUCGUACUUUUGAAUAUUCAAAUUCAUUCGUGGAGCUCCUGACAGGGUGUACUUCACCCAAUUACGACAUGAGUGCUUAGAAUGGGCAAAAUCGGCAGUAACCCGUCGAGUUUUGACAACUGCUGCCCUUGUGAUACUGUUAGUCAGUGUUGAGAAUUAUUUGGAGUAGAGAGGAGUAUUCUUCAGGAUUCCUGUAAAUUCUGAAGAUAAUAUUUUCCAAAGUUGCUGGAGCUUCAGACAAUAAUUCUUGCCUGUUUUUCUUUAAUCAAAGGACUUAUGGUCGUAUUCUACUUGAACAUUUGCCUGGCUGUGUUAAAUAUGACUUGUUAAUGAAGACUACAUGGCAAUGUUGCCAUUCUACGAGAUAUCGUCUUUUGUCUGCUUAAUAUGUGAUAGUAUGUUAUUUAUUUUUUUAUUUUAUUUUAUUUUAUUAUUUAAACUGACAUUUAGUUAUCAAAAUUAUUUUAUAAAUCUGGAAAAAGAUUUAGAGAAAGAAAUAAUGACCCAAGUAUCAUUUCCUUCUGUAUUUGUAUAAAAUUAACAUAAAGUUAUGAUUAUCAGAUGUAUUUGGAAAACAUUAUGUUGGGUUUAAUCUUGUUUAACCAAGAAGUUGAACAUAUUGAAAUCAAUGCUGACAGAAGAAGUCAUUGCCAUCUGAUUGUUGAUCAGUUGUGUUAACAUGCAUAAUAGAUAUCUCUAUGUGCCAUGUCGUUAGAGUUAGUAUUUAUUAAAGAACCAGUGAUUAUGAUUAUAUAUGCACUUGACAAUAUUAAAAACAGCAUUUCUUCAAUGUUAUGGCUAUUUCAUUCUCAAAAUAACACAAAUUUGUAAUUUCUUCCAGUCACUUCUAUGCAGUUUGGUGAAUAAGCAUAGAAGAGUUACCUCCCCUUAUAUGGUUCUGGCUAAGCAUUGAGGUAGCCUGUGAAAUUUGCUGAUGAUAUUGAGAUUUUGAAAAACAUUAGUUUCACAAAUUAUUCAACAGCAUGACUUUGAUGCCUGUGUCAUUUAUUCUAUAUUUGAAUAUCUGUGAAUAUUGUAUACUAAACCAGUCAUGUUAGAAGUUGCUAUGUCAUAUAAAUGCAGCAUAAUUUUAUGCAAUUAAUUCUUGAAGUUUGCAUGAUAGCUAUUGAGCAAGGAAUCAAAACUGCUUCAACAGGUCACCAAAAGCUUACAGUGCUGAUUACAGAAUAUGUCAUAUUAUAUUGUACAUUUAUGCUACUUAUAUCAACUGUUGAAAUUUGGUAUGUAGACUUGACUAUGAUUCUGGGACAAAAUUGCUUAAAAGUCUCAUUUGUGAUAAAUUGUAAAUAGUUGUUGUCUAAGGCCAUGUUUGACUGUUAUUCAAAACAAUUUUCAAGAUUGCGUUCAAUUUUGCAAGAGCAAUAUAAAAAAUACAAUUAGACCAAAUUCUAAAUUAAAGCUUUUAACCAUUUCAGAUUUGGAAGUCUGUGUCUGAAAUUCUACAGGAACCACUUAGCAAGUCUACAUGCUUGACAAAUAAUGUAUAUGUGUAUAUAUGUAUGUAUGGGUAUCUACACUGUUUAGUGCAUCCUUAUGAUUCAGGGUAGAUAAUUAUGAAUUCCUAGGAUAUCAUUGUUUUACAGAAAGUACAUAUACUCCCCAAAAUGCAAUAAUCAGAAAAAAACUGUUUUGGAGUCUCAUUUUACAGGUAUGCAUUUGCACUGAAAAUUUCUCUCAUUGGAGAGUUAUGUCCCCUAGGCAAUAUGAUCCUAAAGUUGUUGGGUGGAAUUCGCUGUGUAUAAUGUUUGGUCAUGGCCAUAUGGUCACCAAACUGUUAAUCCACCAGGGCCACAUUCCACACACAUUCAACAUGUAGCUCUGAUAUAGCUGAAACAAUGUUCAACACAUUGUAAAAUCCGAUCUCACACAAUCAUGUGAUGCACCUAGCCAACCCCUCUGUGCACAUUGUCUGUACUUUAGGUCUGACACAGGCGCCAUGAUAGAGCACUGUAGUUUGGCCAGUCGUAGUUCACCUAGCUGAAAUUGUUAGCUCGGAUGUGAUUGCGAUUUGAAUUCUAAAAUUAUGAUCUUUGUUUUGGCAACACGACACCAAACCCUAUGAUGUCCUAAGAUUGAAAUACUGGUUCAAGGGACAUUGAACUCAAAUACUUCACUCACUUACAAGCACAUAUAAACUCAGUGAGUGAGCAAUUGUUGUAUAAUGCCGCAGUUAGUAAUAUUCCAGCUGUGUCACAUCAGUCUGUAAAUAAUCGGGUCUUGACCAGACAUAAGACCAAAUUAGCUUGUGGCAGCUACCACCACCCAGGCAGGUCAAACAUGGUCACCACCCAGUUCUUAUAACCACAAGCGUGGGUGUUUACCCAUUCUGUCGGGGAAAGCAAACGAGAAUAUUACCACAGAUCCAAUAGUCAUUGAGUGAGUAGAGUUUAAUGUUGACUUUAACAGUAUUCCAGUAAUAUCAGAGCUUGUAAGUUUUAUGGCAGAGGACCUGAGGUGAUGCAGAUGCAAACCUAGAAACACAACCACAGCGAAACCGGGAUUCAAACCCAUGAUAAUAUUUUCCUGGCAUGCCUCAGGGACUACUCUGCACAGAUGAUGCGGCAUAUUAGCCAAUUCGGCCACCGUGCCUCCCCUUUGAUAUGACAUGUGUGAGAGAUGAAUUAGACUCGGGUAUAAAUAUUCCGAUCUUGAAAUUGGCCGGGGGAAGGAACAGAGCCUUCAUCAUGGUAUAUUAUUCCACAGGAACCUGUACUCCACGGGAAUCGAUACUCCUGGUAUAUUGUUCCACAGGAAUCUAUACUCCUGGUAUAUUGUUCCACAGGAACCUAUACUCCUGGUAUAUUGUUCCACAGGAAUUGAUACUCCUGGUACAUUGUUCCACAGGAAUCGAUACUCCUGGUAUAUUGUUCCACAGGAACCUAUACUCCUGGUAUAUUGUUCCACAGGAACCUAUACUCCUGGUAUAUUGUUCCACAGGAAUCUAUACUCCUGGUAUAUUGUUCCACAGGAAUUGAUACUCCUGGUAUAUUGUUCCACAGGAAUCGAUACUCCUGGUAUAUUGUUCCACAGGAAUCGAUACUCCUGGUAUAUUGUUCCACAGGAACCUAUACUCCUGGUAUAUUGUUCCACAGGAACCUAUACUUUUGGCAUAUUGUUCCACAGAAAUCUAUACUUUUGGCAUAUUGUUCCACAGAAAUCUAUACUUUUGGCAUAUUGUUCCACAGGAAGCUAUACUCCUGGUAUAUUGACUCCCCCAGAACCUAUACUCCUGGCAUAUUGUUCCACAGGAACCUAUACUCCUGGUAUAUUGACUCCCCCGGAACAAAUGUUCAGGGGAACAUAUUUACUCUCACAUAUGCACACAACAUGAUAAAUGCAAUACAUACCACCUUCAAACAAUGAAAUCCCGAAAUCCUAACAGGAAUCAAUGUUAUACACUCUCUGUCAUAAGGCCAUGUACUCUCACAGUCAGCUGUUUUAGAAGUUGCCAUCGUGUUAUAGGCGUGUUAAUGAUUCUAGUCACAGAUGCAAAUUAUGUGUUGUUUCAGAGAAUAAUCCUAUUGUUAAGUGCAAUUAAUGUAAAUGUACAUGCUAUUAACAUGUAAAUGAUAUACGCGGAGAGGGAAAGUGCUGUGCGAUGUGACCAUUGGGGAGAGGGGUGAUGUCGAUUGCCUUGCAAGUAUGUUGUCUAUGGCUUAUUCGUAUGGUUUAAAAUUAAUCAUUACUUUGAGAAACCAAUCACAAUAAUAGCACAUAGUUACUGAUGUUGAUAGUUUACCAAACAUGUUACAGGGAAACUGACUGUUGAUUUAAGCUGGAGAAGAUAUAGGCAUCGGUUAUUGUUAUAUAUAUCAAGGGAAUAUAUAUGUGUAAACCUUUGGCUUUUUUACAUAGCAAUUUAAUCACAAGUUUUAAUAAUAUCAAAAGAUUGGACGAAACUUGCUAUUCCUUAUGAAAAGGAUUUUCCUUUUUCGCUAAAGGUAUCUUUGUUUCAAAACAUACAACGCGCAAGCUGCAAUGAGAUUAGUUUCACGUACUGUAUAUUGAUUGCUUCAGUGAAUUGUUCUUGCAGACCUUGUAAAUGUGUAGUAUAUAUAUAUCCAUGUAUCCAACAAAGUACAAAUGAUAACUAUCUAUACAUUGGGCCCUGGGCCCUGGACUCUGCAUAAAUCAUUGCCACUUUGUUUGAUGAUAGAGAAGCUUUAAGCGUUUAUAUAUUGGAAUGCCAUGUACAUUGUUUUGCGACUGUGUAUCGAGGCAGAAGUUGUUGCUAUGAUACACGGAAUCCCCGCCUGGGAUUUGCUCGACUAUUUAGUUACAUGAAUUUCUGUUCAGUAUUACUGUUUCCUUUAAUGUUUGACCAUUGAUUGUACACAAACAGUGUUUUGUCUGUAUUGUAUGUUUCCACUUCUGAACAAUGUCGGUGUACAAAUCAGCAUGCAAGUGCCAAUAAAACAAUUUGAUAAAGAU